AUGGUUGUACCUUCGUGUAUGCGACAAAGAUUGCUUCAACUGGCCCAUGAGGGUCACCCAGGUCGAACCAAAAUGCAACAACGGUUGCGACUUUCGUAUUGGUGGCCUCGAAUGGACGAAGACAUUGCUCAUAAAGUAGAUGGUUGCGAAGGCUGUCGACUAGUCAGUCAUUCGGAUAGACCUGAACCAAUGGAAAGACGGAGAAUGCCGGAAGCUCCAUGGAUCGACCUUGCCAUAGACUUUCUGGGUCCAUUACCUUCAGGAGAUUAUUUGCUGGUAAUCAUCGUUUACUACAGCCGAUAUAAAGAAGUAGAAAUACUUCAGAAGAUCACUGCUAAUGAGACGGCGGAUAGACUUGAGAAGAUAUUUAUCAGGCUGGGUUUUCCCAGAAUUAUAACAUUGGAUAACGGUCGACAAUUUGUUAGCACGGAAUUCGAUAGUUAUUGCCGGAAUUUGAGCACUGAAGCACCACCGACCGAGCAUGGAGAUUGCGAUCUGCGUGAAAAGGAGAAGGGUAAGGAUGCAGAGAAUCUUCGUCGUAGAGCAAAACCAUCUUAUCUCGGUGUUGGAGAUGAGGUUCACAUGAAGAACGUCCUUUCAGGAAAUAAACUUACGUCUACAUUCAACGCAUCGGUUAUGACAGUUACUGCGAAGCACGGCUCUCGUGUAACAGUUCAGAAUAACGAAACUGGAAAAUCAUACGACAGGAAUUCCAGUCAUCUAAAACGAGUAGCUAUUAAGAAUGGUGAACAGGUAGACGAUACCCAAAUGGACCCUCAACAGUCUGACGAGCCGAACCCAGCGAGUAGUCCUAACUCCGUCCUCGGCCAUGGUGCUGACAUGGAUGAUUCAAGUUUAAAUAUUGUGGAUCAGCCAUCCGAUGUACCCGUAACCGAUGAGGAUGAACAGCCGGAUCGAGCCAGAUCACGACGUGAGAUUAGAAAGCCCAAGCGGUUUGAAGAUUGCCUUUUUGAUUAUUGAUUCAUUUGUCUACAUUUAAUUA